CGGCGACAGUUCGCCCUAUAAACCCGACCAAACUGGCACGCGAUAUCAACUAACAUAUUUUUAUUAACUAAUUUGACAUUUGUUAAAAAAUUUUGAUGUGACAGUUUUUGAACAAUUUUUUUCUUGUCGGUAUUUUUUAAAAUUUUUCGUUAAAUUAAGUGUCCAGUGUAUUUUACUAAUGUCAUCUACACUCAUAUUCGUUGGGUUACCGGAGGACUCCAAAAGCUCCAUAACAAAAGCCCCAUCAUCAUCGCCGGAGCUGGAAAGCUUCGAUCACUUGGUCACAACGGUAGAUUUUGAAAACUCCUCGGUCAAUACAUGUGCAAAGCUCGUUGAAAGAGGAGUUCCAAAUGCUCCGAAGAGCUGUAUCGGCGAGAUCUUCAGCACUGAUGGCACAGACGGCGGCAGUCCCGUCAAGAACGGUUCCAGCCGCUCGCGCGUCGUAAGGGACACGCCCACCCGCCCCAGAGACACACACUCGAGGCUUUUUGGACAAGCAGCCAACAACUCGGGGAACGCGCCAAUGAUAACUGAUACGAUUCGGAGCCACAUCCAGUUCGGUGAUAGCGAAAUGAACGGCAGUCCAGCGCAUUCGCCUAAGAUCAACGGUAGCGCGAACUCCACGCCCAGCCGAGGUGAGACGGACCUCGCCGAUCACUUAUCAUACACGCCACCGAAGAGGAAUCCGGUGACCGGUGACGGAGUGGUCUUGCCGCCUCCGCGUCGCCGACAUCCGGCCGCCAGCCAGCGAGAAGGCAACCCGAUCACUGGCGACGGCUACAAAUCUCUAAACGGUCAAAUCAACACAGUGACGUCGAUAAACGGUAACAGCAGCAUUCUUCACAAUCGCGUUCCUCCCGGCGGAUUUUCUUCAGGACUCUGGUAGACUACUGAUACCUGACAGAAUCACAGCGGCCAAAACUAUAUCAACCGCCGCAUUCCCAACUGGCCGUUGAUAACUUUAUCGUGCGAUUCUUAUUAGAAUAAUUGUAUUGUCCUUAAAUUUGAAAAGGUUUAAAUUUUUAGCGAGGUUCACCCAUUUUUUAGUAAUUUUAACAAAAAAUAAAAUCAUCGUACUUGAAAUGGACCACGAUAUUAUAACUAAUAUUCUUUGCCCGAUAUUGCUCUAAUAAGAACCGUAUUUUCCAUUUAAACUUUAAGAUAAGUAGUUUGGUUUGCGGUUCAAAACGACGCAUUUAUUUCGCUGAUAUGACAUUAUUUUACUUUCUUUAAUAAACUAAAUCAUGUAGAGUUUGAGAUGUUAAGUAACUUGCACAUAAAAUCUACGUCCACUAAAAUUGAAAGGGUAUAUGUUGUUCAUAAAAUCCUUAGCCUGUCCCAGUAACAUUUUAUUGGAAUAAUUUAGUAUAUUAGAUUAUAGAUAUUUUUGUAAUAGUAACAUUUCGGUAGAUAUAAAAAUCAUAAAUUACUAGUGCGGAGAUUUGAAUUUUUAGUUAUCAUUUUUGGGCUCAAAUAUUUAUGCGUUGCCAACAUCUCGAGUUCAAUAAUUCAAAUCCCCCGCUAACUUAAUUUAAGUACAUAAAAUUGUAAUCUAUCACUUGCAAGCGCAUGUUACGCAAAUAUUGAGAAUUAGGAGUGAGGAUACGUAUCAGCAAUAUACCAAAACGAAUAGUGCCUUGAUUGGUUAUGAAGUGAAAAUUCUUAAAGAAUCAGAGAACUUGUGUAGGUGUUUGUGUAAAAGAAAAGACAGUGAUUAUAUUAUCUAUAUUUCACAGUAUAGAAAUAGUAAUCAUGCGGCACUCGGGCUAAUUGAUAUAAUAUAAAAUUAACUUAUGUAUUAUUCGACACUAUUUAAGGAUCUUAAUCUCGUUUGUUGAAUGUCAUUAUCAUAAUUUAAAAUAGAUGGUAUAUAGAAUGCAUUUAUUUUGUCUGUUUAUACAUUUUUUUAGUUUAUUUUCUACUCGUUUAGAUUAAAUGUAAAUGUCUUUGAAUCUUGGUAGAUUAUCUGUUAACAGAUUUAAAGGACCAUACUUUGUAGUUUUUGUGUUCGUAUAUAACGAUUAUUCUAAUUAUGAAUCAAAUGUAACAGACGUUUAGAAUUAGCAUAUCAUCUUUGUAAAAAUGUUUAAUAAUUCUAACACUAAGAUGCUGACACCUGGCCUAAAUUUAACAUGUUAAUAGAUAAUAACCACUAUUUCAAAAUAAAGUUUUUUUAAUUAUUAA